GGUACUAUCAAUCAUACACGUGUAAUCAUCAGAUCUGGAAAGUGUAGCAAAAAUUAAAAAAAUAUAUAAUGAAAUUCUUAUUUGUUCUGGCACUUGCAGUCAUUGGUGCAACUGCUGCACCAUCUGUUGAAGACGAUAAUGUAGUUGACCGUAUUAAAGAAUUGAUCAACACAGUUUUAGUGCUAAUUCCAGAACCUCUUUUGGACAUCCAUGACGAGAAAGCUUAUAUAGACCUGGGUUUUGAACAGCUCAACGUCACCUUAGAGAAUGUUGUCAUCUCUGGAAUCAAGAAUUGGGAAGUCAGCACUUUGACUUUCGAUGAAGACUCUAGCCGUAUUGACUACGUCUUGACUGCGCCUGAUAUCGAGGCUUCCAUUGAAUUGGAUAUCUUGUUGAAUGGUAUUCUUGAAGCCGACAACCAUCCGGUCGUCAAUGUUAAGUUGAGCAACCUGCAACUCACAGGUCGCGGCGUCCUCGAUACAGCAUCCUCCCCACACAAAGUGACUGACUUCUAUCUUCUGGGUGUUCUUGAAGAUGGCAAGGUGGACUUGACUGGAAUCCUGAACGACGAUGUCCUCAGUGAGAAACUCGAAACUCUGUUUAACGAAAAAUUGGCCACCAUGGUCAAUGACCUCAGCGUCCAGUUGGAACCAAUCAUCAGCCCCCUCGCCAAAGGCCUGGUCAACCUCAUCAUUCGUCUCACCAGCUAAAUUGUAAAAUAAAUAAAUGUAUUUUUCGAUGCUUGUGAAUAAAUAAUUGUUAUUAUUUAAA